ACUGAAAGUGAAAGUAAGCAAUCUAGCUUGCACACUGGCACGACUAAUACGCAGAUUUUGCACACAAGCUUCCAAAAUGAAGACAGCCGCAGUUUUACUUGCAGAAGGUGCAGAGGAAAUGGAAACUGUUAUUUCAGUCGACGUUUUGCGGCGUGGAGGCAUUGAUGUAAAGUUAGUAGGGGUGCAAGGUAGUGAAGCAGUGCUUUGCAGUAGAAAUGUGAAAAUUGUCCCUGAUACAACUCUUGCAGAGGCAUCAAAGUCUGCACCUUAUGAUGUAGUGGUGCUACCAGGAGGAGCAAAUGGAGCCAAGAAUCUCGCAGCUUCUGCUGAAGUCAGAAAUCUUUUGGAAACACAAGUGAAAAAUAACAAACUAGUAGCAGCUGUGUGUGCAGCACCCAUUGCACUGGUAAGCCAUAAUAUCAAACCAGGAUCUACAGUGACCUCUCACCCCUCAGUCAAAGGCAAAAUGGAGGAAGGGGGCUACAAAUACAGUGAGGACCGUGUAGUGACUGACGGCAAGCUGAUCACCAGUAGAGGGCCCGGGACAACUUUUGAAUUCGCACUGAAAAUAGUGGAGACCCUUGAAGGCAAAGAGAAGGCAGAUUCACUUGUUCAGCCCAUGUUGCUGAAAUUGUAAUGACUGCAAGUCUCAAAGCAGAAAUUGAUGACUGUAUUUUCCCUACAAAGUUAGUUGGAUUUUGCCAUAUAAUUUUCAGAGAGAAAAAAUUAGUGCUAUAUGUUGUUUGAUUUUGUUAUUUUGGAAGAAAUAUAACCAUGUUGUUUUCCAAGGGGUGCUUUUUUUGUGAUCUUUAUAUUUCAAAAUAAAUUGAUAUCUGAUAUCAA